UUUCGUUCUUUCCGCAAGUCAAUUAAAAGCACUCGAUGGGGUCUUUAUCUCUCUUGCCUCGAACAAUUUCCUGUCGAAUGCAGCAUCGUCUCCGCACAUUCGACGGUUCACAUUCAGUCACGAUGAAUCUUGGCGGUGCCCUGUCAUUCGCUGCGACCGCAGUACUACUGCUGUUGGCUCUACAAUCGAACGCGUACGUGUGGAGGGGAGAACACGAUACUUCAAGUGGGUACUGUGUAGGCGAAAGUUUUGGGAGAAUCCCCGUUGGCGGGUACGGUUAUGAUGACGAAAAAUGUGAGAAAAUCUUCUGCCGUCAGGGUGGCGUUAGCGGUCACGGGUGCAGCCCCGUGCAGGUAGAUGCGCCAGGAUGUCGUCUUGAAUCCAAACCCGGACACUACCCGAACUGCUGCCGAACACACCUCGUGUGCGACGACGAAAAUGAAUAGACCAGCAGAAAAAGGAUUUCCCAGCAAUCUUGUUUAACACUCUUUUGACGUCUCUCAUUUUAAAUAACCUUUCUGGCAAAAUUUCGAUUGUUAUUUUAGCUAUAUAAAGACUUCAUCAAACUUUUGACCAGAAUAAACUUUCUGCAUUCUCGAA